AUGGCGGUUCUUUGCUACCUCUGUGAGGACCCCAUUGAGAGAAGGUCUUGGCUGAGAAGACAAUUUGUCGAAAAGAAUCGUCUGUCCUUAGAACAGAAAAUAAAAGAAAAGGAAAAGGAAGUGUUUCGUCAGCUGCAUGACUUACUGACAGAGGAUCUGCAGUGCGAACAGAUAAACCAGGACUUGCAGCAAGCCAAUAAUGCUCUACAGGCAGAACUCCACAAAGAAACGAAGGGAAAAACCCUCCUUUGCUUCCAGUCUGCUCAAAAAUCAGAAAAAAUCCAUCUUCUGGAAGAAGAACUGAAAACAGUCAGACACUUUCGGAAGGAGGCGCAGAAUUAUGCGGAAAAGAUGAAAAAUAAGAGUUUGUCUCAGGAAAUACAAUUAGAAAAGAAACAAGCAGAGAUUCGAGAUUUAGAGGGGAAAAAUCAAGAUUUGAUCCAGCAACUUGAGAAAAUGCAGUCAGACUUGCAAUUUAAACAAGCUGAGAUUGCCCAUCUACAAAAUCUAUCUUCAGCUGAGUUGCCUUGUUUAAAACAGGAAAUGUUAAACAUCAAGGCAGAGCAAAAGAAACUGCAAGAACAACAUAACAUCUUGCUUCAAGAAAAUGAGCAACUGAGGAAGGUAAUAAAAAGAGAGAAUGAAUCAGUAGCACGUUACUUAGUUUCCAUUUUACCUGUCAUGAACUAUUUAAAAUGAUUUGUCCUAUAUCUUAGUUGAAAUGGUACAAUACAGAAGCCAACAAAGCCAUAUUAUUUUCAGUCUCUGUUAUCAAUGGCGGAUAAGAGCAAUAUCAAUAUCCUUUGCUGACAGUUAAUAAGGCAUUUUCUAUUUAAACUUUUAGGAGCCAAAAUAUUAAAUUGUGUCCUUUUUAAUAUCUAUUCUCUAUUCUAAUAUAACAUUUGCUAUAACUUCUCCAUUAGUAGCAUGGAAAUGUGAUUAAAUCUGUUAUCUUAUAAACUUCUGGCUAUCAAAGAUACAGGAGGUCUUUAGCGGGACACCUGA